UUGAGAUGAUGGUGACAAUUAUAAUUAGGCUUUUGUCGAUGUUUAAAUAAUAACAAGAAGCUCUUUUCGGAUUAAAUCAGUUCUCAGACCAACAGCUAAAUCUACUGUAUUUCAAUCAUUAUCCUUCCUCCUCCUCCUCCACUUUCACCAGAUUAAGUGGAUGAUUCGACCCUCUGAGUUUCGUUAAUCAUCAUCAUUGACAUUUCCUCAAUUAUUUGAUUAUCUCUCCUCUCUCCUGUCAUCAUCUUUUUUUUCAUGUGAUUUCAUCAUCUUCGAAUAUUGUUGUUAUUAUUGUUAUUAUUUAAUUGAUUGAUUGGUGCUCAUAAUCAAUAGAAAUUAAAAUGGCCGAUCUGAUAAAUCAUCUAAGUACUACUGACCUUUCCGCUCCUCGUCCUUCCGUUGCUUCAAUACCCGAAGUAACCUGUGGCUUUACAUGUUGGCGACCUCGAUUCCUUCGUAAAUGUGCUAAUCCUAAAAUUUUCGUGGCCAUUUUCUCGUUAAUCGCGACAAUGAGAUCAGCUUAUUUCGUUUAUUUAAUUGGAGUAAUGUCAACGUUAGAGAAACGAUUUGCUUUCCCUUCAAAAUUAUCGGCAUUAAUUUUAAUCGCCGACAAUAUUUCGGGAAUGGUAAUGUCUCCGGUUAUCGGUUAUCUUGGAACCAAAUUUCAUGGACCUAAAAUAAUCGGAUGGGGAACCGUUUUAGUGGGUCUAUCGUCCAUUGUUUCCGGUUUACCUUAUCUCUUUUAUGGACCUGCGACUCACCUUCUCUCAGCUGAAACCCUUGGGCUUAAAUCGUCACAAGCAAAUGCUUCAAUGUCAUCGACUAAAUUUGAUCUUUGUUCAGUCGAUGGCAAACCCGAGACUUGUCUUGAUGCCGAUCGACACACGUUUAUGACCGGUGCUUAUGCUCUGUUCUGGGCUGGGUCGUUCGUCAAUGGCUUGGGUAACACCGCUUUCUGGGUUGUUGGUGUCCCUUAUUUAGAUGAUAAUGUUGACAAGAAAAAUUCACCCGUUUACUUCAGUACAACUAUGGUUAUCCGUUAUUCUGGUGUCGCUCUUGGUUUUUUGCUCUCAUCUUUUUCAUUGAGUCUCUAUGAAAAUCCAACCAUUAAAGUGAAUAUACCUCGAAAUGAUCCCCGGUGGGUCGGUGCUUGGUGGAUCGGGUUCUUUAUCAUUGGAUUUGGAAUAUUAUUAUCGUCGAUUCCGAUGUUCAUGUUUCCGGUUACCAUGAAAUCGGGAGGAAAAAAGCAAGAGCCCAAGAAGAAAAUGAGUUUUCCAGAUGCUCUGGCCACUUUCAAGAGAAUCGUCACCAACCCUGUUCUCGUAUUUGAUACACUCGGAGGGGCGAUGAGAGUCAUCGGUUGGGCGGGUUAUUAUAUUACCAAAACUCGGUAUAUCGAAGCUCAAUUCCGACAAUCAGCUGCUGCUUCGAGCUUCCUUACAGGAUCGACCAGUUCAGUUCUCAAAGUGAUCGGCAUAUUUGCCGGAGGAUUAGCGAUAUCGAAAAUACGUCCAAGGCCAAAAGUGCUAAUCGCCUAUGUUGUAAUUAUCGAAAUGGUUUGUAAUGUAUUCAUAUUAGCGGCUAUGUUCAUCGGGUGUCCAGCACCAAAGUUUGGUAACAUUAUCGUUGACCAAAACACAGCGAGAGCUUCAUUAUUGACCGGAUGUAAUAGAGACUGUUCUUGUACCACUUCCGUAUUCCAACCAAUCUGUGGUUCUGAUAAAAAGACCAAUUAUUUCAGCCCUUGUUACGCUGGUUGUCAAGUUAGCUUAUCGAAUUCAUCUUAUUUAGGAUUUUCACAAUGUUCAUGUCAACCGCAAAUGGAUGAUAUCGUAACUAGUGGAUAUUGUGAACAAGAAUGUAAUUCUUUGCCUCUUUACCUGACGAUUAUUGGAAUCGCUGGGAUUAUCUCUUCAACUGCUUGGGCGGGUAAUUUCAUCAUUGCUCUAAGAGCCGUUGAUCCAAAGGACAAAGCGUUUGCAAUGGGAUUAAUCGGUAGUUGCAUGGCAAUAUUUGCUUAUAUUCCUUAUCCGAUAAUAUUUGGCUUCGUCACCGAUGCUGCUUGUUUAGUCUGGGAGGAAUCAUGUGGAGAAACUGGUAAUUGUUGGCUGUAUGAUAUCGAUAAAUUCAGAGUUUAUCUACAUGGAACUGCGUUUACUUUGGUCAUGAUUGGUUCUUGUUUUGACCUUGGAGUUUUAUUUUAUGCCUCGAGACUGAAAAACUUGUACGACGACGAGGACGAAGUAGAAGCGAUUAAAGGGAAUCAAGAAAUGUCCGGAGUUAAUGGAAUCAAAUCCGAAGAGGAAGAAGCUCUUUUCGAUGUCUCCCAAACUAAAUCAUAAUCACAAUCAACUAAUUAGUUAGAAAAAUAUUGUUAACUAUAAACUCUCUCUCGCUCUUCUCUCAUUUAUCCAUUUUUUAUCAUAAUUCGUUAUCAUCCAAUGUUAUCAAUCGCCAUUGACUAUUAUUAUUUUAAUUACUUCACUUGUAUUAAUAUUAUCGUAAUCUUGUCACAUUUGAAAACAAACUCAAAGAUAAUUGUUAUUAAUUUAAUAAUCAAAUUACAAAAAUAAAAUACAAAUUAAAUUAA